AUGAAGAAACACUGGAUUAGAAAAUUUGGUCUUAAAGAGCCGUUUUGUUUCAAUGAUUUCGUCAAAAGUUUUUAUGCCCAUUUGGGAACAGUUAUUGCUCGACAUCCCAUCCCAUUCCUUCUGAUCCCCGUGCUGAUGACUGCUGCAAGUGCUAAGUCCUUCAAGCCAACAACAGCAUCAACAAUCGACGAAGUGGAUUUUCGGUUUCUUCGCCAUUCUCUGGUGUACGUGAUCAUGGUAGAUAAAACGUCAAAUAUGAAUGCGGUAAGUGAGAUAGGUCUCAGAUAUGCCGCUGAUCUGAUUGAACAGGUAAAAGCGAUAGAAGUGCAAGUGUUCAAUGCUCACAAAAUUGAAUGGUCGUCGAUAUGCUACAAAAGUGAGACAGGCAAGUGCUUAGAGCAUCCAUUGUUUGAUGCGUUGGAGAAGACAACGGCCAACGGCCAAGUGCUCAGCGUCGCUGAGCAGUAUCUCUAUUAUCCAACUGCAAAGGUGGGAAAUUUAACUGUGGACAAUACAAUGAUUUUUGGGGGCAUCAGCAAACGAGCGGAUAACAGCAUCGCGAAAGCGGAGGCCAUUCGAAUCCCUUUCGUCUUAAAGGACAUACGGUCAGAAUUAGAUUACGUUCUGAACAAUGCAUGGCGGAAUCGAUUUCUUAAAAUCAUCCAGGAAAGCUAUUAUCCUGGUUUCGGUGUCUACGCAAACACAUGGUCAUCUUUGGCUCACGAGAUUCAGCGCAACGGCAGCAUGCUCACUCCAUACCUGUUUUACCUGGUUCUCAUUCUCGUCGUGGCUUCGGUUCUCUGUUGCUGCACCGUCGACUGCCAGGCCAGUAAACCCUGGCUUGGUUUCUGCGGCCUGGUGAACGCCGCCUUCGCGGUCAUUACCGCCACCGGCAUUCUCUUCGGUUGUCGUUACUCGUAUCUUCAUAUGGUGGUCAUCAUGCCGUUCCUGGUGAUGUCCGUUUCGGUGGACAACGUGUUUCUGAUGCUGAAUUGCUGGCGUGCGACAGGAAACGGGAACUUGAAGUUGGAGCAACGGGUUUCCGCCUGCGUUGGAGACACGUCCGUUUCAAUGAUGAUUAGUGCGCUCACCGAUGGGCUGUCGUUCACUGUUGGCAAUAUCACGCCUUUCCCAGCAGUACGUAAUCGGCCUGGCGAAUGUUUCCUGAACGUAAUGUGGUGCUUCAACUUCAGUCGAUGGAACCAGAUAUUCGCAACCUUUGUAGCCGACGCCCUAAGCAACAAGCUGAUCAGGGUUGGUACUGUACUGCUGUACGUGACUUUUCUUGCAAGUGCGCUAUAUGGCGUCGUCAACAUAAGAUUUGGUUUAAACGUACAAAAUCUAAUCCCGCAUGACUCGCCCGUUUCGAGAACGGUAGCGAUCAACGAGAAGUACUUCAGUGCAUACUGUGGAUACGCCUCGGUGGUGAUCACCGAACCGAUGGACAUCGGUCAAGAGACGGCGAUCAAGCGUUUGCUUUCUCUGUACCAUUCCUUGGCCUACAGCAGAUACUCCUCUGAAGGCAGCUUUUGGCUGAACAACUUUAUGGCGUUUAUGGAAAGCCGAAAUCGGUCACUGAACGCCAAUCGUUACUAUGUCCGGUUCUUGCACGAGUUCUUCAUGUCCCCAGACAGUCGCCGCUUUGCAGAUGAUGUUCAGCUGGAUUCGUCUACGCUGUCGCUCAUUCACUACAUGAAAAUGACCAUCCGCCUGCGCAACUGUGGGCAGGAAAACCAUACCAAGUUAGCUGCACUGCUUCGUCGUCGACUUGGCGAAUCUGCGGUGCAGGGGUUCAUUUUCGAGCCGCUAUUUUUGAUUGUCGAUCAAAAUCUGCUGGUCUUGCAGACUGCCAUGCAAGACGUCAUCGUAGCCGUAGCGAUCAUGGUG